CGGACGCGUCCCGUCCAAAAUGGGACUUGAAAAACGUACUAUAAAGAUCAUAGUGAUAGUAGCUGUCGUCGUCUUAAUUAUAGGUGGAAUAAUCGGCCUCUUACUUGGAUUGCUUCUGCCUCAGCGUUACGUCGAGUUGGAGGUAUGGCCUCGCUCCCCUGAGGACACCUACAACCAGCCCCUGAUCAGGUUCAACCCAGACAACGCAGGCAGCUGGCACGACUGGUACCGGCGCACCAAUGACUUCCUUAGAGAGUACGAGACCACGACCCCGGAGGUGCCGCCGCGGGCUCCGUGUUCGACGCACAACCAGAUGGAUCAGGUCCAUCGCACCGAGCCGUGUAACGUCGCCAUGAAGAUGUGGACUCCGUGCACUGCGGACUAUUUCUAUGGAUAUAACAUCGGAAAGCCGUGUGUGUUCCUUAGGCUUGGAUAUAUUCACUACUGGGUCCCUGAGCCGUACAACAUCUCAGCAAAUUUGCCCAUUCCUCCCGAGAUGCCGCGACACAUUCAGCAGGCUUUGCGUCAGUACCCUGUCUACAAAUACGGAGAUUUUGUGUGGGUUUCCUGCGAGGGAGAGUUCCCUUCAGACCAGGAGAACAUCGGGCCCAUCCAAUACAUCCCUGCAGGGAUGCCUCCAGGGUUUUCUACCAGGCGGUUGCACACUGCUGACCGCAUCCCCUAUGUAGCCAGGAAUCUGCCUGAUGACACCCCUGGGCCUAUUGUUGCCGUACUGUUUGAAAAUCCGCGACGUGGAGUGCUGAUCAACGUGGAGUGCCGUAUCUGGACCCGCGACAUCUACUACGACCGCUCCAGCCGCGUGGGCCGCGCGCGCUUCGAGCUCUACGUCGAUUAAAUACUACCUGCAGAGGCACAAGUCGUGAUCACACUCGUGAUUGGUCGUGAUUUUUCGCGUGAUUGGUUCUAGUAGAUGUCCGUUGUCUAUUGACCAACGUUUCUGACCUUAGCAAACCAGGAAAUUAUUUUUAAACAAUCAGUAGAGAAAUAGCAGUAGCAGCAGUAAUAGAUGCGAGGCUA